GCGAGCCCGUUAAGCAAGGAGUCAUUCGCUUUCGACGGAGUUUCGAGUCAAAUUUUAUGAACUUCUGGGAUCUGAAACAACAAUGAGACCCUACGAAAAAAAGAUUCUAGAGGAACGUCUGAAAGAUUUUAUGGAAGAAGUCAUACCAGGUGAUUUGCUUCCAUAUUUGUCUUGUUUACAGCAGACAGAUAAAGAAGCUAUCGAGGCGACACAGAGCAACAAGGGACCAACAACGGCGAAUCAAACUCUUGUCGAUCGGCUUAAAAGACGGGACAAAGGUUUUUCGGAGUUUGUACGAGCCCUGAGAAAAUGUGGAAGCGAACACACUGCUUUGUUGUUGGACCCGUACUACAACUAUCCAAUUGACGCAGGGGAUGAUGAAGUCGCUGUCUCAGAGGGCUCAGGAGUUGGUUACAAAAAGAUUGGAACAGCAAUUGAUGUUUCCUUCAGAGGAAUUCUAUCAUUAGAAACCAGUGCGGACGAGGAACAAACCGAGAGCGGUUCCGAUCUGGAGGAGUAUUUGGCUGGCCUUUUCGGGAAACAAUCGUCUGAAGAAAGCAAAAGAAUGCGACGAGACCUACAAAAACAUCUUCCUCAAGGAGCUGUUUUUGUUAACACUGCUAAAGGUUCCAUCAUUGCAACUUUCCGCUUGUCAACGGUGGAGGCAGCCAAGAAAUUGUGGGAAAUGUACAGUAAACAAACAUUUCAGGACAAAUUAAAAGAGGUCCUGGUGGAAAGCACUCUGAAAAGACACCAAAAGCUCCCAGACAAGCCGCUCCAACUAAAUAUAACGUUUAGCGAAGAUCGGUUUAAACAAAUUCAAAAGAAACUCAAAGAGAUCGAGGAAGAGCAGGAAAGAGAUGAACAAAUGCGCAACACUUUGUCGAGCAAACAAGAAGGCAGUGCUGCUGAAGAUGAUGGAUCUCUCUCUGAAAUAGACAGAGACGAAAUAGACGAAAUCGUCAUUCCACCUGUUUACUUGGGAAGCAAUGCCAACUCUUUUAACAUUCGUGAGCUGGAGCUUAGAGAAUACCAGAAGGAAUUGGCAGCUCCAGCAUUGAAAGGCAAAAACACCAUCAUCUGCGCCCCAACCAACAGUGGGAAGACGUAUGUGGCCCUAGAAAUAGCUAAAAAACACCUAGAGUUUUUCACACAGGACAAUGAAGCCACAGACAGCAGUAAUAGAAAACAGCCGAAAGUGGUCUUCAUUGUGAGCACAGUGAACCUCGUUUCUCAGCAAAAGGAGCGUUUCGAAGCGUACCUGGGAGACAAAUACCCCGUGAUUGACAUUUCUGGUGCAAACGCUACUGAGGUCCCCCUGAAGUAUCUUCUACAAAGCCAUAGCAUCGUUGUCUUGACAGCACAGAUGCUUGUCAACGCUCUGAACAAUAAAAGUAAAGAGGAGCAAGUGAAUCUCCAGGACAUAAGUCUUCUGCUUUUUGACGAGUGUCACCAUGCACACAAGGAGCACUCCUACAACAGAAUCAUGGAAAGGUAUCUGGCCUUUAAAAAACAGCCGCGACAUCAAGGCCCCUUGCCACAGGUUGUUGGUUUCACUGCCUCACUUGGUACAGGAAAAGCCAAGAGCGUCGAAAAGGCGGCAGAACACAUUAUUCUCCUUUCAGCCAACCUAGACGCGGAAGUUAUUUCAACGGUGCAAGAUAAUAAAUCAGAGCUUGCACAGUACGCAAAUGUUCCAGAGAGAAAAGUUUUCCAAGUUCCCACGUCAGAAAAAGAUCCAUUUGAAAAGAUUGUUUCUCAGAUCAUGACUAAAAUCGAAACUAGAGUUAAAGGAAUUAAAGGAAAGCUCUUAAAGUCUGUUCCACCGGAAGAAAAGGGAAGUCAGCAGUAUCGUCAAUGGGUGGAAGAGUUUUACAAAGACUCUGUUACAGAUGCAGACCGGAUCCUUAUAACGCUUGCAGAACAUCUCCGCGAGUACCACAUUGCCUUGACUAUAAACAAAAGCACAACCAUGAAAAAUGCCAGGAAAUGCCUUCAAAAAUAUUUUGAUUCUUUGGAUAGAGAGAAGUUCCUACAGAUUGACGAAAAGUUGACAAAUCUCUUUCAAGCUGCUAUGAGCAUGUUGGAUAAGCACGUGAAAGAACAUGGUGAACCCCCAAAUCCUCUUUUGAUGAAACUAAAAGAUUUGCUCUUGCAACACUAUAAAGACGAAAGGCCUCAGAAGGGGGAGAAAGAAGAACAACUCAGAGCUAACGGGAUUGAGAAUGGCGGAGAAAAUGAACGUCACGAUGAAGGUUCAGCUACAGAGAUAUCAGAAGUAGGAGAAGAUGUCGAUGAUUCUGAAAAGUCUAAAAAAACAAGAUCCAGCAACCAAGAGAAUGAUAAGACUUGCGAUGACAGUCAGGAAGAGGAUAAAAAUGAAGGGACAUCACUAGAUAAAACAACACACAAUGAAGAAGAAAGUGGUGGAAACAAGAAUGGAGACUCUGCAAAGGAAGACCUUGGUAAUAUUGACGCUGCUGAUGUUGAUGACGCGGCGGAAGAAUGUGAAUCUGGAACAGCUACAGAAAACAACCAUGAAAACCCUAGCCAAGAGACUGACAAAUCAGCGGAAAACUUGCAAGACGAUAAGUCAUUAAAUAAAAGAAAUGGUGAGCAGAGAGAGUGGAAAGGUCCCAAAGGCAUUGUCUUUACAAGAACAAGAGAAUCCACGACAGCUCUGGAAGAUUGGAUCAAGGAAGACGAUGAACUGAAUGCUGUCCUCAGGCCAGAGGCUCUUGUGGGCAGUGGAGAUGGCAACAUCGGCAUGACUCAGAAUGAGCAAGAGCGAGUGAUCAGUCGAUUUCACAAAGGAGAAACGAACCUUCUCCUUGCAACAAGUGUGGCAGAGGAAGGUCUGGACAUCAUGGAUUGUAAUUUUGUGAUCCGUUAUGAUAUGAUGGGCAACGAGAUUUCCACUGUGCAGUCACGUGGCCGUGUCAGGGCGGAAGUGGGUAUGUAUAGCGUGCUCGUGAGUGGGGAUUCUGGAGCAUUAAAACGAGAAUAUACAAACCAAUUUCGGGAAUCCCUCAUGAUUGAAGCCCUCAGCAAGGUGCAAAAAAUGUCUCCAAAAGCCUUUCAGAGUAAGGUGAAAGCUAUACAGGAUAGGAACUUUCUGGAUCGCAAGUUGAAAAAGCGCGUGAUGGCGUUGAAACAUUCAGAGCCUGUGCCUGACGAUGUCACCUUCCAUUGCCGAAGGUGCUUUGCAGAAGUUUGUCAAGCGCAUAACAUACGGCGCGUUAAAGAAACCUAUCACGUGAUUAUAAGUAGCGACGUACGGGACUCCAAGGUGGUCAUGGAGGAACAUCACAACCCUAAGGCUCUUGAUGGCGUCGAAAUGAACAGGAAAAUAUAUUGUAAAGAGUGCAGGGAAGACUGGGGUGUCACAGUUCUUAUCAAUGGCAUGGAGUGGAUGUGCAUCAAGAUUUCCGGCUUCGUUCUCCAAUUUCCAGAGCCUAAGGCUCGAAGGUUGACGGUGAAGAAGUGGAAACUUCUCCCUUUCACAAUACAAGAGGCCACUUUUGAAGAGCUCAUGCAACAAGCUCAACAACAAGAACCAAAAGAUGACUUGGACGAUGAAUUCAGCCUGUUGUUUGAUUGAUCACAUUUUAUCAUGCGUUGUAUCGUUGAUUAACAGAACCUGAAAUCUUAAUUACUUUCCUCAAGCUGUCGGCUUCAUUGUAUGUAGUGAGGAUAUAGUAGAAAUAUGAAUUAUGAUAGUAUCACGGUAUUACGGUACGGUUUUCAUGAUUGAGUGUUACAGUAGAGCAUAUUUGAUUGAAUGAUGAGACAGGAAACCUAUGAGAAUACAAAUUAAAAACAAGGAAAUGAUAGAGUCACGAUUGCUUAAGUUUCGCAUCUGAUUGGUUGAGAGGAUGGAGAGACUAUUCCAGACUAAACAAGAAGAAAAGCAAAGCAGAACCAAUGUAAUCUUUGAACGCUCAAUUUAAAAUUGAUCUAUACACUCAUGGCUUAAAUAGAUGGUCAAAAUAAUACUGUUAUGAACAAUGCUCACUUAUAAUCAGUUUUGUUUUAACAAGAUAAGUUCAUUUUUUGGUCGUUACCAGGCUUUAAGCCACCGUUUGGGUUCUUAGACUGAGUGAGAUCUCUAUAUCUGUACACUGUUUCAUAUUAAUCCUUUAACUACCAAAAAUCUGAUCAGUAAUUCUCUUUCUUGUCUGCUAUACAAUUUUCAUGAAGUAAAUUUGGAGAAUUUGGUAUUGGAUCAACAAAUAGUCCCCUAAUUGAUAUUUUUCUUUAUUCUCAUCAAUUCUAUGUUUGAUAUUGUAUUGAUAUAGUAAGGAUAAAUUCUCUCCUGGUCACUCAAGGGAGGUAAAGGGUCAAACCGUUUUUGGCCAUAAUUCUCAUAUUUUCAUAGAUGGCCACGGAGAUAGUUGAUGGAGACUUAUUGAUACAAUAUUUGAUGUAACCGCCAAGUAGAGAGCCUACACUAAUCAAGCUGUACUCUCUCGACGACGCUAAAAGAGAUUGACUUCAAAGAUGCAUAUUACGAAAAUAUUCUGAUUAUCCUAUGAAAAGAUCGAAAGUUAUUUACACAAUCGAGAUCUAUGGUACACAAGUGGUUCAGUUUCGUCUUCGUUACUUCUUAGUAUAGAAAAAUAGAAUUUUUGGUGCACGGUAUGGAUCAGUAAAAGAUGGUUUUACGUGUAUUGUUAGCUACUAUGUGCAUGUUAAAUCAAUGUAGUCUAUAUCAAAUGGAAAAUAAAUGGCGUUGAAUAAAGAUCUCAGGCAUGCCAAGCAA